CUCCUCACUACUCAACCCUUCCACGCUUACAGAGGAGGUCCUCUCGAGACCAGCUCUCCCUCUCGAGCUCCAUCUCUCUCUCGCUCUCUCUCACUCUCUCACACACACCGGACCACCGGAGACUAUCGGACUACCAGCAUGUCUCUGUCCUACGUGUCCUCCGAAUCCCGGCGCGUGAGCCCGUCGGUGCACGGCAACAAGUUCGACACGGCGCACCGCAAGCGCGGCGCGGCCAACAUCUUCGAGCACGUGAACCAGGACGCGCUGAUGAAGCUGUUCCAGAAGACGGGCGACAUGAAGGCCGAGGAGCGCGUGAGAAGCAUCUUCUGCUUCACGCAGGACCCGGACGAGACGGCCCGCGCGCUCAUGGCCCUGAAGCAGCGCAAGAAGGACAAGUUCCUGCAGAUCGUGGGGCUCGUGCGGCAGUUCCUCAAGCUGCGUUGACCUCGGAGACGUUUCGGCUCCGGAUGAGCCGAAGAAGUGAACCGUUGGAGACGCACUCGAGCACGAACACGAGAUGCGAGAUGCUGCAGAACUACCCGCCGACCGGACCGGUAACGUCGCAUCGACGUAUAGGGGUCGAGGCCAGCGGGUCGGAGAGGAACAAUGUGACGUGAAUGUGAAGGUUGCUAUGGAGACGCGAUCCGCGCGGACAGGUCGGCCAGAGGAAACGGCCUUUUUACGCAUUGAUGGAUGAAGUGUAAAUAAUCUGAAAAGACAAAUGACAUUGGGGGAUAAACGGCUCGAGGGCUGCCCACUUCGCCAUAGCCCCCCUCCCGGGGAGGGCUCUGAGACUUUACGCAUCGAUGAGGAUGCUCAUGAAGUGCACGUGGUGGUGAUGAUGAUGAUGAUGCAGGUGCACGCGCAGUAUGAACCGCUGCAGCAGGAGGAAGACUCCGCCUGUAGAAAUGACUCUCCACCAAAGCCCCCCCCCACCCCCACACCAGCCUUGUUUUGUCACGGCCACCAUGACGUCAUGGGCGGUGGCCACCUUACUGUAUGUCUGUUGCUGUGGCAACACGGGCAGCAUGCACUGUCCUUGUCUGUGAUUUCUAAUAAAUUAUUAUCAAAUGAAUUCCAGUGGCUCGUUUGCAUAUUGUUGGUAUGAAUAGCGUUCAUAAGGGAUGUUCACAUCCAUCCAUCCACUGGUUUGGGAGUCUUGAAGGGUCAGGAGGGAUGUUCACAAGACAUAUCCAUCAAAACUGAUUAGGAAGUGCCACGUGUCGCUAUGGCGACGCGGUCAGAGGGUCAUGCUGUCGGGGUACUGAUGAAGGGACGUUAGAUGGAUCACAUUUCAGAUGAUAAUUCCAACACGGGUUAGACGGUCGUAGCAGAGCACAGAUCAGAUAACUCCAUUCCGCUUCAGGUCAUCAGAGAGCGGGUUAGAUGUUUGAGCAUCAGUCACCCUAUAGAAUAUUCAGCAGUUCACCACCGAACCCCAGCUAGGGAGAGCGUUUGACCCUCUGUAGCCCCUCCUCACCCUCGCAGUGUGAGUCCAGCAGGGAGACUGUGUGUGGAGGAUU